AUGGAGACUCGGAACGUGCCCCCCGGGCCUUAUCGGGCCACCAAGCUGUGGAAUGAAGUCACCACAUCUUUUCGAGCGGGAAUGCCUCUAAGGAAACACCGGCAGCAUUUUAAAAAAUACGUCAAUUGCUUUACUGCAGGAGAAGCAGUGGACCGGCUGUAUGAUCUGCUAAGAAAUAAUAGCAAUUUUGGUCCGGAGGUCACAAGACAACAGACUAUCCAGCUAUUGAGAAAAUUUCUUAAGAAUCAUGUCAUUGAAGAUAUCAAAGGCAAAUGGGGGUCUGAAAAUUUCGAUGACAACAAUCAGCUAUUCAGAUUUCCAGCAAAUUCUCCUCUUAAAACUCUUCCACGAAGACAUCCAGAGUUGAGAAAAAACAGCAUAGAAAACUUAUCCAAAGAUAGAGAAAGUAUUUUUAAAUUACGAAAUUUAUCUCGUAGAACUCCUAAAAGGCAUGGAUUACAGUUCUCCCAGGAAAAUAUUGAGAAAAUGACCCGUGAAGCAAUUAAAGAAGAUGAAGAAAACUUGGUUGACAAUAGAGAUAUAAGCCAGGAAGAUGUUGAAGAAGUGUGGAGAUAUGUUAUUUUGAUCUCCUUGCAAACCAUUUUAGGUGUGUCAUCUCUAGAAGAAGUAAUACAUCCCAAGCAAGUAAUUCCUCAGUAUGUCAUGUACAACAUGACCAAUACAAGUAAACAUGGAGUAGUCACAUUGCAAGACAAAUCAGAUGACCUUCCUCACUGGGUAUUAUCUGCCAUGAAGUGCCUCGCAAACUGGCCAAGAAACAAUGAUUUGAACAAUCCAACAUAUGCUGGAUUUGAGCGCGAUGUAUUUAAGACAAUUGCAGAUUAUUUUUUAGAUCUCCCUGAACCUUUACUUACUUUUGAAUUCUAUGAAUUAUUUGUGAACAUUUUGGUUGUUUGUGGCUACAGCGCAGGUUCAGAUAGACCCAGUGGGAUGCAUAAAACCCGAGAGGACCCACAGUCUGAAGCCACGCGCUUAAACACUUUGAAUUCCUUCAAAUCAACUGAGUGUCUUCUUCUCAGUCUCCUUCCUAAAGACAAAAGCAAAGAAGAAUCCCAGACUGCCGAGAAGCCACCGCUAAGUGAUAGAGGACGUCAGGAAAAAUGUGCUAAGAAAAUGCAGCUAGUUAAGCUAAGAAACAGAAGGGCCAGUGCUCACGACAUAGUGGGAGGAAGUUGUCAUAACUUAGUAGCUUUAAAUGCUAUGCAUGCUCUGUCUGCUAACAGCAAGCCCAAGAGUUGUUCUUUAGAAGGUAUUUUAGAGAUCGCAGGAAGUUCCAAUCAAGAGGCCACCAGCAUCUUUCACCAAUCUGUUCUAAGCAUAGGACAACACAAUAAACAGUUUGUAGAGUCGAAAGCCCAGCAAGAAUCCUUAAUGAAUCUUCAUUUGGAGGAAAGUAUCCCAAAGCCACUUGGUGUUGGUUUUAAAAGAACCUCUACUCUGACUGUUCGAGAUCAAGAGGAGUUAAGUAAUGGUGAAAGCAAGUCCAAACAGCUCUGUAGGUCUCAGAGUUUACUUUUCAAAAGUGGUUCAAGAAGGAAUAGUUGCAUCAAUAUGCCCGUGGCUGAAAUUAUCAUGAAACCAGACCAUGGAUGUGGCAGGACUCGCGUACAAACAGCCACGGAAAGCAAACUUGGAGAGUCUUGUCCCACAAUCAAUAAAAGACUCUGCAAAAGUGCCAUAGAACUUUCAGGAAACUCUUUGCCUCAAGCUUCUUCUAUGUUGACUGGCGCACAAAGUCUGCUACAACCUCAUUUAGAAAGGGUUGCUGUGGAUGCACUGCAGUUAUGUUGUUUGUUACUGCCCCCACCAAAUCGCAGAAAGCUUCAACUUUUAAUGCGCCUGAUUUCUCGAAUGAGUCAAAAUGUUGAUAUGCCUCAACUCCACGAUGUGAUGGGGAUGAGAUCGCUGAUGAUACACACUUUUUCUCGAUGUGUGCUAUGCUGUGCCGAAGAAGUAGAUCUUGAUGAGCUUCUGGCUGCAAGAUUAGUUUCUUUCUUAAUGGAUCAUCAAGAAAUUCUUCAAGUACCUUCUUAUUUACAGACUGUGGUGGAGAGGCAUCUCGACUACUUAAAAAGGGGCCAUAUUAGAGAUCCUGGAGAUGAGCUCAUUGCUCCUUUGCCAACUUACUCAUAUUGUAAGCAGAUCAGCACACAGGAGUUUGAAGAACAGAAAGUUUCCCUUUCACAAGCUGCAGUUUCAGAACUUUUGGAGAAUAUUAUUAAAAACAAGAGUUUACCUCCAAAAGAGAAAAAGAAAAAACUGAAACAGUUUCAGAAGGAAUAUCCCGUGAUAUAUCAGAAAAGAUUUCCAACCACAGAGAGUGAAGUAGAAAUCUUUGGUGAAAGACCUACAAUAAAGCAGCCAAUACUAAUUUUAAAAAAACCAAUGUUUCGUAGUCUGAGGUACUAA